UUGGGGCCCCCAAGGACUCUUAUUCCAAAAUUUUAGUCUGCUGUUUUAAUGAGCUCGUCGUAGGUAGCCUGCGUGUAGACAUUCCAAAUUGCAAAUUGGGGAAAUUGGCACCGAAAAUAUUUAUUUGGCCGAGCACAAGGGGUCAUUCAUAUGUCAGCAUGUCCGAAGAACAUGAACUACGAUGAGAAUGUUGCUCGGAAUAUUAGCUUGGAAAGACAAAGCUCUAAUGACAGUUAUGUUUCUUCUACAUUAGAGUCAAAUAAUUCAAGUGAAGAUGAAGAGAACAGCCAUGGUACUCUACAUAGGAAGAAAAGUGAUCGAGCUGGAGUUCACAUUGGAAAGGCUUGUGAUGAAGAUAAAGAUGUCGAGGCUGAAGGUAGCUGCUGGUAUAACCGUUCCUGCUUUUCCUUCUUUACUUUUGCCCCAGAGCUUAUGCAAUCAAAGCCGAAAGAUAAUGACAACAUAAAGGGGAAUUGUAAAAAGUGUUUCCAGACAUGCAGUGGGCAGGUGCAAUCAACAACCAACUGGAUGAGGCAUAUCAAGAAGCACCCAGACUUGUAUGCUGAUUACAAGAAGAAGAAGGAAAGAAAACAAGCUAGAGAUAGUGUGACUGUGUCAUCCGAGAUGGUUGCUGCCAGAAAGAAAAGAGUAGCUGUUCGUCAAUCUCUCCUGAGUUUUCCGUCAUCUAAGACCCCAUCUAAGCUAUCUAAAUUGGAACAGAGAAAAAUUGAUGCUUUGAUUAUGAACUGCAUAAUAAUGAAUGCCCUUCCACUUAACACCGUCAAUGAUCCAGCUUUCAUUGCCCUUAUCAAUUGCCUUAACCCAAGUGCUAAUGUUAUGGAUGUCAAAAAAUUAAGGUCACUUAUCGACGAAGAGAAACAAAAAUUCGAAUCGUACACUCAACAGUACACUUUUUGAUCUCAAGUGAUGUGACGAAGUCUAAUUAUUCAUCUAAACUGUGUCAGGGGUCCAAUUAGUAACAAAGUGUGGCUUGGGAAAGAGAUAUCCAGUGAACUUAAUGUAAAUUUGUCUAACUAGUAGCAGUGUCACCAAUGCCAUGUGAACGUUUUAAGCCUAAGCGUUUAUUAAUGGUAUCUUCAGUUGCUGGAACACCCUAAUACUAACUACUUAGCUGUACCUAGCCUAGGAUCAUCACCU